UUUGCUGUUCACCCUCCCACUGAGUCAUGUACAACCGCUCGAAGCCCUCUAAAAUACAAACUAUCUCAAAGCAAAGGAAGAUUUGGAAAAGGGACACACUGCAGUGAAACGUAAGCUGAUCCAAGCUGGGAGGGUCACUGCCUCUGGGCGGGCCUGGGAACUUCUGAGGCUCUGCAGGUCGCUUUGUUAGCAGCGGAUUUUUCUCUGAACGAGGAGGCGCCGCAUGAAAGUCCUGGAGACAAGCUUCCUCGCAGCCGCAGGAUCCAGGAAGAUAAAUCAACGCUGAGACGACAACAUGAAGUUAAAAGCGCAGCAACUCUUUAUCAUCUGCUGCUUCUUGUUUGCGGCGUGUUUGGGCCAAGUCAAAUUUCCUGAGCAAGAAAAGGAUCCUAACUUCUGGAGGUCGUGGGCCCAGCGCACCCUGCAGAACGCCCUGACACUGCAACAGCUAAACCAGAACAGAGCAAAAAACCUCAUCCUGUUCCUGGGCGAUGGGAUGGGCAUUCCCACGGUGACGGCCGCUCGGAUACUGAAGGGUCAGCUGAGCGGACAGUCUGGAGAGGAAACCCAGCUGGAGAUGGAAAAGUUCCCACAUGUGGCUUUGUCAAAGACGUACAACACCAAUGCGCAGGUGGCGGACAGUGCUGGUACAGCCACAGCGUUCCUGUGCGGGGUCAAGGCCAACGAGGGCACGGUGGGUGUGAGCGCGGCCGCCGUACGCUCCCAGUGCAACACCAGCCGAGGAAACGAGGUCACCUCCAUCCUGAAGUGGGCCAAGGAUGCAGGCAAGUCGGUGGGGGUAGUGACCACGACUCGCAUCAACCACGCCACGCCGAGCGCUGCCUACGCCCACAGCGUGGACCGAGACUGGUACUCCGACAACGAGAUGCCGGCGGAGGCACUGCAGGCUGGAUGCAAAGACAUCGCAAGACAACUGUUUGAAAAUAUUCCAAACAUUGACGUUAUAUUGGGUGGAGGAAGGAAGUACAUGUACCCCAAAAACACCCCGGAUAUGGAAUACCCCAACAUUGGGAAACACAACGGCACGCGGAACGACGGCCGGAACCUGGUUAAGGAGUGGGUCGACAAAAUGAAGGACAAAAAAGGCCAUUAUGUCUGGAACAAGUCACAGCUCUUAUCACUCAACCCCGGCAGCGUCAAUUACCUUCUCGGUCUAUUUGAACCCACCGAUCUCAUGUACGACUUGGAGAGGAACCAGGACACGGAGCCUUCACUCACAGAGAUGGUGGAAAUGGCCAUUAAGAUCCUCAGGAAGAACCCCAAUGGAUUUUAUCUGCUGGUAGAAGGAGGACGUAUCGACCAUGCUCACCAUGAGGGCAAAGCCAAGUUGUCCCUGUACGAUGCUGUGGAAAUGGAUCGGUCAAUUGGUAGAGCAGGUCUCCUGACCAGCGAAUUCGAUACAAUGACCGUCGUCACUGCCGACCAUUCCCAUGUCUUCAGCUUUGGAGGUUACACACACAGAGGAAACAGCAUCUUUGGCCUGGCCCCCAUGGUAAGUGAUGUUGACCAGAAGCCCUACACCGCCAUCACAUAUGGGAAUGGACCAGGUUACAAGGUGGUCAACGGUGCAAGAGAGAACGUCUCCACCAUUAAUUAUGAGGAAGCCCACUACAAGGCCCAGUCGGCCGUCCCUCUGAGCUCCGAGACGCACGGCGGCGAGGACGUGGCCGUGUUCGCCCGAGGUCCCAUGGCCCACCUGCUGCAUGGCGUCCACGAACAGAACUACAUCCCGCACGUCAUGGCGUACGCCGCCUGCAUCGGCAGCAACACGGCGCACUGCUCAGGCCAGAGCGGGACCGCCGCCGUGCGCCCCGUUCUCUCGGGCGUUGUCGCCGUGCUCGCAGUGACACAACUUCUGUGCUGACAAUAAGCCAUGCCAUGUGGGCUUUUACUUUGAAAUUCCUCUUGUUUUGAGCACUAUGUUUGAACAAAGCACAUUUAGAUUGGUCAGUCUGUAUAAUAACCCCAGAUGCACUGAUGUUGCCGCAUGAUCAGAGUCUCUGCAUGUUUUGUCUAUCUUGCUAACCUUUAGUGGGACAAUACGUUGUUGUGUUGACAUCUACCUCACUGGUGCAGCCAUGACAGGACGUGUCGUCGUACUGUGCAAAAGUCUCAACAUAAUGAGUUGACCCGAGUGAAAGAGUAAACAGUCGAGCAGCACACAGUUAGCAGGAUUACACACUCGAGUAUGUAACAAGGACAAGUGUCAAGCGAAAGAUGCAGAUUUGUAAUCAUUUCAGUCACUAGAGCGGAGGUGUCGAAAGACCGACUUUUGUAAAGAAAACGUUGGAAAAAUAGCAAAAAAAAAAAAUGUAAGUGUAAUCAGAAAAAGCUGAAUUGUUCAAACUAAUAAUAAUAAUCAAUAAUACACUUAGUCAGCUAUAUCACACAAGUUUGUCUUUAAAUAUACAAUAGCCAAAAGCAGUGAAGUUGUCAUGUUGCGUAAAUGGUAAAUAAAAAGAGAAUACAAUGAUUUGUAAACCCUUUUCAUCUUGUAUUCAAUUGAAUAGACUGCAAAGACACGAUAUUUAAUUUUCACACUGAGAAACUUCUUUUUUUGUUUGCAAAUAAUCAUGAACUUAGAGUUUAAUGGCCGCAACACAUUGCAAAAAAGGCAUUUUUACCAGUGUGUUAUAUGGCCUUUCCUUUUAACCACACUCAGUAAAUGUUUGGAAACUUAGGAGACACAUUUUUAAAGUGGAAUUCUUUCCAAAUCUUGCUUGUUGCACAGUUUAAGUUGUUCAACAGUCUCCCAUAUGAUAUUUUAGCCUACAUAUUUUCAAUGGGAGACAGGUCUGGACUACAGGCAAGCCAGUCUAGUACCUGCACUCUUUUACUAUGAAGCCACGCUGUUGAACACGCUCAGAAUGUGGCUUGGCAUUGUCUUGCUGAUAUACGCAGGGGCGUCCAUAAGAACAUUGCUUGGAUGCCAACAUAUGUUGCUCCAAAAGCGGUAUGUACCUUUCAGCAUUAAUGGUGCUUUCACAGAUGUGUAAGUUACCCAUGUCUUGGCCACUAACACACCCCCAUACCAUCACACAUGCUGCCUUUUACACUUUUACCCUGUUGCACAUGUUGCAGGCAUCAAAUCCCAAAUGAGCUAAUAUUUGCAAAAAAUUACAAAGUUUUCCAGGUCGAACGUUAAGUAUCUUUUCUUUGCAGUCUAUUCAAUUGAAUAUAAAUUGAAAAGGAUUUGUUGUAUUCUCUUUUUAUGGAACUUUUACACAAUGUGACAACUUCACUGCUUUUGGGGUUUGUAAUAAUGAUCAAAAAUACACUUAGUCAGCUAUAACAAAAAGUUUGUCUAUAAAUAAAAAUAAUAUAGCUUUUUUUUUUUUUUUUAAUAAAAAAAUAUCAAAAUGGCCCCUGCCGGCCUGAAUUUUCAGUAUGCAGCCCUUGGUGGAAAAGACACGCCUGAUCUAAAAUAUUAGAAACUCUCAAAAUAGAAAUAUAAACAAAGUUUAGUUACUUAAUUAAAAUAGAAAAGUAAUACUAAUGAAUGAAUCUUAAAAAUGACAACAACAAUAAUAAACUAUGUUUAAUGGGGAAUUUAACAUUAAUAUUUUAUUUUCCUAUUCUUACAGCGGAAUAAUAUGAAAAAGAAUGUAAUGAGAAAAAGCUGAAAUGUCUUAACAAAUAACAAAAUACUUGGUCACCUAAAACACAAAUUUGACACAAAGUUGUGUGUUUGAACAUUCAAUAUGUAAUCAAUCAAUCAAAAUAUAUUUAUAUGGUCCCAAUCACAUGUGUCUCAAAGGGUUGCACAAGGCACAAUGACAUAUAUGAAUAUAAUAUCAAAAUGGCCCCUGCAUACUUGGAUUUUCAGUGGAAAAAGACACCCCUGAUUUAAAAUAUUAGACGCUCUCGGAAUAAAUAUAAAACUAUAAACAAAGUUGUAAAUAUUAUUUACGAACUUGUGAAAAAUGACAACAAUAAUUUCUUCCAAGAGGAGAAAAAGUGUAAAAAUGUAAGGAAAAAAGCUAAAUUGUUGUAACUAACGAUAAUAUACCUAGUCACCUAACUCACCAAGUUGACACAAAGUUGUGUCUUUAAAAAUGUCUAUUUAGCAUUUUUUUUAAGACAAAAAAAUAUCAAAAUGGCCCCGUAUACUGUGACUUUUCAGUAUGUGGCCCUUGGUGGAAAAAGGUUUAGCCUCCCCUGCACUAGAACAUCAUCUUCCCUUGGGGAGUCUGUGACAUGCUCCUAGUGUAAAACAACACAUCCCUCUAAGAUUUUGCACGGUAUGGCGUGAAUAAAUGGACAGCAACUUGUGUAGUGUUAACUAUUUUUAAAACAACAUUUCUCAUUUCUUGUACUUUUGUGUUUGUAGUGAGCCAUGUCCUGCAAGUGUGCGUCUGCUGUCACAAUGGUGGGCUCCUCACGCUGAACGUAGCAGAAAAAGGGUCUCUUCCAUACUGUGUUUUUGUUUUUUUUCCAUUUUAUUAAACAAUCAACAUGAAAGUUCCAACCUCUUCCCUUCGUCACACAACUACAGAUAGAUAGAUAGAUAGUACUUUAUUGAUUCCUUCAGGAGAGUUCCUUCAGGAAAAUUGAAAUUCCAGCAGCACUGUACAGAGUUGAGAUCAAUUUAAAGAAAAAAGUAAAAAGUAAAUAAUGGGGUUUUAAAAGGAAACAAAAUAGAGAAAUAUUACACAGCAUAUGUGAAGACUACAAGGUCAUAUUUCCACUUUAAAACUUACAAUAAAAUACAACAAUUUUUUCAAAACCCUCA